AUGGCUCACGAAAACGUUUGGUUCUCCCACCCAAGACACUACGGUAAGGGUUCUAGAAAGUGCAGAGUUUGCGGUACCCACUCUGGUUUGAUCAGAAAGUACGGUUUGGACGUCUGCCGUCAGUGCUUCAGAGAGAAGGCUAAGGACAUUGGUUUCAACAAUGAACAACUAAAGAAGGAUGGAAACCUCCGUGAUGACGUCUACGUUCGUGAUUUCGACGAUCAGCCUAAGUCGUGGCAGGAUGUCAGGAACACAGUUAAGGAGACAUUGAACCCUGCUCUCAAGGAUGUUCCUAGAGAAGAACUAGAGAAAGAUCUUCAACAUGCUGAAAUCAGAACCGAUUCGGCAAGGAAGAAUCCUGCUGCUCGUAAAGACGGCUCAUCAAAACAAGACAUUAAGGAUGAGACUACGAGACAGAACAAGAUCUCUCCCUUGAUCUCCAAGUUGUCUUCCUCAGCUCCUAAUGACAGAUCGGUUGCCCUUAGUGCUAUUAUGGUACUUGCUGAGGAUGCCAGAAUGAGAAGAUUGUUACUUAAGGAGCGCCUUGUUACCACCAUUAUGGAGCAGACACUCAAUGAUCUGAACGAUGAGAUCGUUGUGGAGCUGUUUGGUCUUUUGAGAAACUUGACUAUUGAAGAAGGGCAUGAGGUGGCUAAGCAUUUAUGGAGAUCUGACAUCUGGGCUGCUAUUGAGAAAGGCUUGGAAAAGAUUGAAUCUUCGUUCGACUUUAUCACGAACAACCUGGAGAAGAAGAUGGAAAAGAAGAGAGUUCUUAUGCUCUAUGACUUCACCGAGAACCUUUUAUCGCUAGUGGUAGCAAUAGCAUCAAGCUCAGAAGAGCUUUACAAUCUCAUCUAUGGGAAGAUUGACAAAGUGCUUCUGCUUGUCAUCCCAUUACUUGCAUUCAAUACACCAAAGCUCAAGACAUCGCUCAAGCUCUUCAAUGCGCUCUUGGACCUUAUUUACGAGUUUGCUUCUGAAAGCUCUGAUUUUGUUGAGCAAUUGGUGAACAACACAAAAUUCUCUCUCGGCUCAAUAGAAGAGGCAAUUAAAGAUCCAAGUCACGAAAAGAACCAUUUGGGCAAAAUCUUAGUUGAAGGCAUCAGGUUCCACAUUUACGAAGUGGAUCCCCAAGCCAGACAAGAGACGGGCAAAGAAACCGCGUCCCUUUCUAUACUUGGAAAUAUCUUCCAGACAAUCUCUGGCACGAACCUUGAAGAGAUACACAAACAGUUGAACACGACCAGCACAGAUCCCGUUCAGAAAAAACAGCCAGAAGAAGAGAACGAUGGGGAAAAGCCUAAAGACAUUGACGUACCUUUUGGAGGUGACAGUCCAGAGAAGGUUCAAGCAGCCGCCGAUCUCCAAGCCAUCGACGUGACUAUUGACCUUUUCACCAGCAUAUGUGAGUUCCUUGCACUCGAAGAAGCUUCUGAAGGUGCACCAGUUGACUUGAGUGAUAGCGUGGUUCUGUUGCUUCUAGAAACCGCGCUUCCUUCAUGUUUACAUUUGUUAAGGUUUGACCAAGAACACGGCGCUGGCUUGGCCUUAACAGAGAAGGUGUUGGUAGCACUUAACAAUUUGAGUUGGCUCUUCGUCUCAAGCAGCGCAAUUCCUGUUGCGUGGUAUAGCUGCAUUCCCGAACUUUGGGACGCCAUUGAGUCAGUUUCGGGCAAGGCUGAUAUUGAUACGCAAAGACUUUGUCUCAAUGUGUUAUGGGCAUUAAGCAAGUGCCUCGGGCCGGAGGUACAGAGAAAGGUGAAUCCCGAAAUGGUUGAAAGUUUGCUAAACAAGUGCCAAGAGGUGAUUGGGAACGCUUCCCAGCAAGAAGAUCCUGCAUUGGAAUUAGACUUUGUAUUGUCUAGUGUUGGGUUUGUGGGAACAUUGGCACAAACUAUUGGCAACGUGGAUGUUACUAGGCGGGCUGGUCAAAAACAGGGUGUUGAGAUUGUGGUUGAAACUUUGAAUCUUAUUUUCGAUAUAUUUGGAGAUGCGGAAUUCGAAUAUGACUUGCCCGUGUUUGUCGAAGGCGGGUUCUUAACCCGUUUGGAGAAGUUGGAACCUGCUGUGCACAGUUGCUAUAAACGUACAGAUAAACAUCGGGAACCGGAGCUUCGGGCCCGUGCAGAAGAGGCGUGGAAUAAUUUGAACCGCUUCAUCGACUACAAGCGUCAUGAGAGAUCGUAA